CCCUUUUACAUUUUCAUCGUACACACAUAGGAAUAAAAAAAAAAACAACAAAAAAUGGUGGUUGCAAAACAAAACUAUGAACAGGGUAAAAUCCCUUUUACCCAGAAAAAACAAAACUAUGAAGAUCUUCGAAAACAACGAGUCGAAGAAAACAAAAGAAGGAUGGAAGAGCUUAAUCUCCCUCAGCUUACCCAAUCUCUUAAAACCGCCCAUUCUCCGAAACCCUCACCGAUGAAACGCACAAAACCUCGUGCGAUAGGGACGGAAAUGGUGGAGGUGAGGAGGUCGAGCCGUGUUAGAGAUUUGCCUUCCCCUGUUUACAAGGAGAUUGUGAUUUAUGAGCGAAUUGGCUUACCAAAGAGUGGAAGAAAGUAUAGCUAUUCAAGGAAGGACUUGGCGAACCGUGUUUAUGCAUCUGACGAAGCUAGGGAGUAUGCUAUAAACAAAGCUGAAGAACUGGAAUCUAAGCUUGAAGGGGGUCAUCCUUCAUUUGUCAAACCCAUGCUUCAGUCACAUGUGACAGGCGGAUUUUGGCUGGGUCUCCCAGGUCAUUUCUGCAGGAAUCACCUACCAAAGAACGAUGGAACUGUCACUUUGAUAGAUGAAGAUGGUGAAGAGUUUCCGACAGUUUACUUAGCACGUAAAGUAGGCCUUAGCGGUGGAUGGAGAGGUUUUUCCAUUAGUCAUGAGUUGGUUGAUGGAGAUGCACUUGUGUUCCAUUUAAUUGAACCCACCGUCUUUAAGGUGUAUAUUAUAAGGAACAAAGAUUAUUAUGCAGAAGCUGAAAACAAUGAGGGUUGAGACGCUUAAGCUUAUGCACAGAUUUAACAACUUGAUAUUAGGUGAUUGAUAUUAAUUAGCAGAAUUAAAUUCAGCACAUUUUUGGCGUUAUUUGAUAUGGUGCUGUUCAGCUUCUUCUAUGUAAAUUUCAGGACUAACCCCUUCAAGGGUUUAAUUCAACGAAUGCUAUUGCAAUCUAUGAAAUCUACGGUUAUUUCAUUAUGUCAUUUUUUUCAAGAUUAUAAAUAGUCUAAAUUUUAGGACUAACCCAAAUAGUCUAAACAUUAGGACUAACCCCUUCAAGGUGUCUUUCUGGAAUGAAAUCGAUGAGUAACAUGGAUAUUAAAUGUUAUAAUUAUGGUCAUACACACACACACACACAUCUUGCUGGAUCUCAGUCUCUCUGCCUUGGUAUGACGGUCUACAUCAUACCUCUUUCAAACCUUGUCAUUGGAGGAUUGGGUAUCGUGACUGUUAUAUUAUACUCAUGUAUGGUCAUAUCU